UGGAGCUAUUCUCGGAUCUGCCCUUAACCAUUCAACCUCGAAAUCUCAUGGUUUUCCUGUAUUCCGCCUUUUAGCUGUAUAAUAAUCGCUUGUGAUUUGGGGGUUUGCGACGUGUUUUGCCUAUAGACGCCCGUCGCCGCCGCUCUGAGCAGCAGACGAGUUUGGGUUGCUUGGAUCUGUAAUCCGCCGUUCCCGACAUUUGAACCGCUCUAGAACCCACACCAUCACCGCCCACAAUGCUGCUCCGACAGCGCAUACCUCGGUUGCCUACGCCGAUACCUCCUGUGUCAUCAACAGCAUCAAGAAGACUGAGCGCGUGCUCGGUACCGGCAUCACUACGGCAGAGGCGACAUGUGACGCCGCUGCUGCUGCGAGCCUGGAGGGGCGGAUACCCAUCAGCGUCGAAUUUCUCCACGCACGCCGCACUUGCAAAAAAGAAAGAUGGGUUUUUCGACGGCCCUGUUGAACCCCUUUCCGAGGAGGAGAAACGAGCAAAUCUCGAGCACACCGAAGCUGAAGAGAAGGAGAUUGCGAAGUCCAAGUCUUCUAGCGCCGAUGCGCCGCCAAAGAACAAUAAUGGCCGGGGCACGCCAGAGGCGCCGGACGGGAAGGGCAGCGCUGCCGGUGGUGCUUCCUCGGGAUCGGCGGGAGACGAUUCAGGGUCCGGCGGCGGCAGACGGGGACGGAAGGGUGACAAGGCGCUCGCGAAACCUGUCGUGCCAGAGAUCUACCCUCAGGUUCUUGCAAUACCUAUUGCUAAGAGGCCACUGUUCCCCGGAUUCUACAAGGCAAUCACGAUCAAAGACCCCAAUGUCGCUGCGGCGAUCAUGGAGAUGUUUAAGCGGGGCCAGCCAUACGUGGGAGCGUUCUUGUUCAAGGAUGAGAAUGCCGACGACGACGUCAUCCGCAACCCCGAUGAUGUUUACGACGUUGGUGUCUUUGCUCAGGUCACCAGCGCAUUCCCUAUGAAUGCGCAGGGUGGUGAAAGCGGCGGUCUGACAGCAAUUCUGUACCCUCACCGACGAAUCAGGCUGUCUUCGCUGAUACCGCCGGGCGGGGCAGAGGCCGCGAAAGCCGCUCCUUCCGCAGAGCCCGAACCUGAACCUAUUCCAAAAGCAUCGGAGGAGGUGGAUCAGAAGGGGGACGUGGUUGCGAGCUUCGAGGAGAGCGCUGUCGAACAGAAACCGGAAUCGCCCAAAAAGCAACUGUACGAAGUGACGUCGUUCUUGAAGAAGUACCCCGUCAGCAUUGCGAACGUCGACAACCUCACCGAGGAACCCCACGACCCCAAGAGCCAGGUGAUCCGUGCUGUGACGAACGAGAUCGUGAAUGUCUUCAAGGAGGUCGCCAGCAUGAACAGCCUGUUUAGGGAUCAGAUCUCGACCUUCUCCAUCAGCCAAUCCGCCGGUAACGUCAUGUCAGAGCCCGCUAAACUUGCCGACUUUGCGGCAGCCGUCUCUGCGGGAGAGCCUGCCGAGCUUCAAGAAGUUCUGGAAAGCUUGAACGUCGAAGAUAGGAUGCAUAAGGCGCUGUUGGUACUCAAGAAGGAGCUCGCCAAUGCUCAGCUCCAAUCGAAGAUCACUAAGGAUGUGGAGAGCAAAAUCACGAAGCGACAGCGCGAGUAUUGGCUGAUGGAGCAGAUGAAGGGCAUUCGGCGAGAGCUUGGCAUUGAAUCGGACGGCAAGGACAAACUCGUCGAGAAGUUCAAGGAGAAAGCAGAUAAGCUAGCCAUGCCGGAGGCGGUGCGCAAGGUUUUCGACGAGGAACUGAACAAGCUGGCGCACUUGGAGCCGGCUGCGUCCGAGUUCAACGUGACUCGGAAUUACUUGGACUGGCUCACGCAGAUCCCGUGGGGACAACGUAGCGCCGAGAACUUUGACAUUCUCAACGCUAUGAAGGUGUUAGACGAGGAUCACUACGGCCUCAAGGAUGUCAAGGACCGCAUUCUGGAGUUUAUCGCUGUCGGCAAGCUACGGGGAACAGUCGAGGGCAAGAUCCUCUGCUUCGUUGGCCCUCCUGGUGUGGGUAAGACAAGUAUAGGGAAAUCGAUUGCGCGCGCUCUCAACCGCGAAUACUACCGGUUCAGCGUCGGUGGUCUCACGGAUGUUGCCGAGAUCAAGGGGCACAGAAGGACAUACGUCGGCGCUCUACCCGGCCGUGUCAUUCAGGCCCUGAAGAAAUGCAAGACGGAAAACCCCUUGAUCCUCAUCGACGAGAUCGACAAGAUCGGGCGUGGCUACCAGGGUGAUCCUUCCUCCGCGCUGUUGGAACUUCUCGAUCCGGAGCAGAACAACUCGUUCCUCGACCACUAUAUGGACGUCCCUGUCGAUCUCUCCAGAGUCCUGUUUGUCUGCACGGCCAACAUGACCGACACCAUUCCUCGACCGCUCCUCGACCGUAUGGAGGUCAUCAGACUCUCAGGAUACGUCUCAGAUGAGAAAAUGGCCAUUGCGGAGAGGUAUCUCGCCCCGCAGGCGCAGGAGCUGGCCGGACUCAAGGAAGUCGACGUGAAGUUGACCAAUACGGCGAUUGAGGAGCUCAUCAAGUCAUACUGCAGAGAGGCUGGUGUCCGUAAUCUCAAGAAGCAGAUCGAGAAGGUCUACCGGAAAUCAGCACUCAAGAUUGUUCAGGAUCUCGGAGAGGAGGCGUUGCCUGAAGCCAAGGCGCUCACAGACGAGGGCAAGGCCGCCCUCGAGGAGUCAGAGAAGCAGGGCAAGAAGGAAGAGGCCGGCAAGGAAGCAACGGGAAAGGAGACAACCGAGCAACCCAGGAUGCCGCUGAAGGUGCCCGAGAGCGUGCACGUCGUCAUUGACAAGGACAAUCUCAAGGACUACGUCGGGCCCCCGAUCUUCACUUCUGACAGGCUGUAUGAUGUCACCCCGCCCGGUGUUACCAUGGGCCUGGCCUGGACGCAAUUGGGAGGUGCCGCCAUGUAUGUCGAGGCCAUCCUUCAAGCCGCUCUCAAGCCAUCGAGCCGGCCUUCUCUCGAGAUCACUGGCAACCUCAAGACAGUGAUGAAGGAGUCCUCGGCUAUUGCCUACUCUUUCGCCAAGUCGUUGAUGGCCAAGGAGUUCCCGAACAACCACUUCUUGGAGAAGGCGAAGAUCCAUGUGCACGUCCCGGAGGGUGCGGUGCAGAAGGACGGGCCAUCGGCGGGUAUUACCAUGGCAACAUCACUCCUGUCGCUGGCGCUGGAAACCCCAGUUGACCCCACCGUCGCCAUGACAGGCGAGCUGACCCUGACGGGCAAAGUCCUCCGCAUCGGAGGAUUGAGAGAGAAGACUGUGGCGGCGCGGCGAGCGGGCUGCAAGAUGAUCAUCUUCCCGCAAGACAACUUGUCCGAUUGGCUGGAACUUCCUGAGAAUAUCAAGGAAGGCAUCGAGGGCCGGCCAGCAAGUUGGUACUCGGAGGUGUUUGAUAUCAUAUUCCCUAACCUGGACCGCGAGAAGGCCAACCAGUGCAAGGCCUGUGAGAAUAGGAAUGAGAAGGAGAAGGAAGAAGAGAAGUCGGAGGAAGACGACAAGAGCGACUAAACGAUUCUAGACUGAAGGGACAAUGACAAUUGACCUAGCGGGGUGCUCCACACUCGUGGCAUACGGCGGAGACUACUAGUACAGCGUCUGUGGAUUGAGUCAGGCUGCAGUAACAACUGACAAUAACCGAGUGCCCAUGGAGUCAAGCGAAGAGAGACAUCCGGGACGCCCGGCCGCGCGGAAAAGUGUAAGAUGGAGGAGCUGGCGCCU